UGCUGUCGGUAUAUGUCGUAGCGUCGGUUUGCCAUGACAGAGAGAUAAGAAGCAUUUUGGGAGGGAAACCCCCUCCAUGCUGUCACAGAAUUGGCCAAAUUAGUUCACAGGAACUGGACUCAAGAGGCUUCACUGAGAAAGGACGAUAAUUGGAAGAGCUGGAAGGGAGCUGCAGAAAACCCAAGACCGAAGAAACUACUCUGGAGGAAGGCUUUGCCGUUGGAGGUUUUAUCUGAACCUUUGCCGAGAAGAACUGGAGCAUGCAGGGCUGCGAGGUUGGCACCAAGCUGCGCUACUGGCUGACUCUGGUCUCGGGGAUGCUGGAGUGUCUGUGCUUUGCUGGCAUGGUGUUCGGCUACGCCUCUCUGGUGUUUGUGCUGAAGAAAGAAAGGUACUUCAGUGAGCUGUGCACCAGCAACACGAGCAGCAACAGCACCCAGACAGAGACAGACUGCAUUAGUCAGGAUGAGCAGUUUUCUCUGGCUUUCACCAUCGCCUCGUUCCUGAACAACUUCCUGAGUCUGAUCAACGGCUACCUGUUUGAUCGAUUCGGCACGAUGGUGACCAGACUGCUGGCGAUAUCUUUAUACACCACUGGGACCCUUCUUAUGGCCUUUUCCAGUGCAGCGUAUUCGCUGAUGAUUUUCCCCGCCUUGUGCUGCAUCGCUGUGGGAGGGAUUCUGCUCCUUCUGACCAACAUGCAGGUGGGCAACCUGUUUGCUGCACACCGCUCCACCAUCAUCACCCUUUACAACGGAGCCUUCGACUCUUCUUCAGCUGUCUUCCUCAUCAUCAAGGUCCUGUAUGAGCAGGGAGUGUCUCUCCAGUCCUGCUUCUUCGCCCUGUCCCUCUGCAGCAUCAUUCACGUAGCGAGGACUUUCCUCCUCAUGCCGACAACCCGCAUCCCAUACCCUCUGCCUCAGCGCUACACAUACGGGGUGAACUGUGGACAGGCCGACAGCUAUAACGUGGAGGAGCUCGAGAUGGCGAGGGACGCUACGAUGGCCCUUCCUCAGGGUCCCAGCGGCAAGGAUGCAACGGCGCAGCCGGAUGAACCAGAGGCCGGAAACACCGAAAAAGUGGCGGGUUUCUGGAGCCACGUCCUGUCCUGGUUCUUCCUCUGGCAUCUGUUGUGGUUGUCCAUCAUGCAGCUGAGGCACUACCUCUUCAUCGGCACGCUCAACUCCAGGCUUAGCCGGCUGGCCAGAGGCGACGCCGUCCUGGUGAGCCAGUACACCAAUGCCUUUGCAAUGACCCAGCUGUGCGGAGUGGUCUGCGCACCCUGGAACGGGCUCAUCUUGGACAGACACAAGGGAAGGCAUCGAGCUGCUGGAGAAACUGAACAGGACGCUGACCUGCGCUCCUCCUACCUGUCUCUGUUCCUGACGUCGCUGCAGUGCCUGCUCUUCUCCGUUUGCGCCUCCAUCCCCGUCCUCACGCUGCAGUACCUCACCUUCAUCCUGCAGGUCCUCAACCGGUCCUUCCUCUACGGGGGGAGCGCAGCCUUCAUUAGCAUCGCUUUCCCAGCCUGUCACUUCGGGAAGCUCUUCGGCCUGCUGAUGGCGCUCUCCGCUGUCAUUUCUCUGCUGCAGUACCCUUUAUUCGCCCUGGUCAAAGGUGCUCUGCAAGGAGAUCCAUUUUAUGUGGAUAUCACUCUCACUGUCCUCACUGCUCUGGUCUUCAUCCAUCCUGCCUACGUCUUCAUCCACUGCAGGAGACAAGCCCGCAGCCGGGAGGCCGCCCUUCACGCCGACGUCUACGCUGACCCCAGUUUGGCUCAAGCUAAACUGUAGAGGAGGAAUCAGUUUGUGUGACAAGUUUUACAUUUCAGGUUUUCAAGACUCCAGUUUUUUUUUUUUUUUUCAUCUUGUUGUUUUAACCUGAAAAUAGCUGAUAAUUUUUUAAUAUUGCCUUUUUUUUAUAAGCAGACUGAUGUUUUUUUGGAAAAUGUGUUACAGGAACAAUAGUGUUUGUAAUGACUUUGUUUUCUUGUCAGAACAUUUUUUUUUUUGGCAGUUCCAGUGUUUGGAAAUGACACAAUGCUCAAAUAUGGCUUCCCUAGGCUCUUUGCUGUUGGCCUCCUGACUUGGCCCUUUGUUAACACACAGCAGAGCGGUUCAGAUUGCUCAACAUCCUCAAUAAAUCUGUACUUUAACAGGGGUCCUCAGCCCACACACAUUGCUUCUACAUUUUGGCUUCUUUUUAAUUAAAUGAUGCAAACAAACUGCUGUUUUUCUCCUCCGGGAUGGACUGAUAAUUCAUCAAACUACUUAAGAUCUUUAUAAAUAAAUAAGCACUGAGUGCACAAGUUUGAAUCUAUUAUGGAGCUCCUUUACAUCCACAUAAAUGUUCAUACAGGCUGAAUUACACGCACACAUUCAUGUCUAACACUAUCAAGGUGGGCCUAAGGCGUAGGUUUCCAGACACACAUCUAUUGAAGCCAUGGAAAAGGUU